UCCUGUCGUGCGGCUCGGCUGUCAAUCAUGCGUGACGUCACGUACCGCGAAGCAGCCAGUUUCCUGUGAGGGCACAGCAGUGCUGACAGACUCCAAACCCGCAUUUCCCGGUCCUUCCUCCAUGUUCCCUCGCCUCUAACCCCACCGGACACACGGCACACCAUGGGCGGGAGGAGGGACGCCCCUGCCCCGUACAGCCUGCUGGGGUUCGCGGUGAUUCUGAUCGUGGGAGGAACGGGCUCGGCGGCAGGUACGAGGAACGCUGCAUGCGGGCUGAACUACCGGCCCUGCAGUUCGCCGGGCGGCCGCACGGUGGUGUGCGUGCACGUGCAGUACGUGUGUGACGGCACGGCGGACUGUCCCAAUGCUGAGGACGAGCAGGGGUGCACAGCCGACAGACAGACCACGCCGCAGUACGACCAUAGCGACGGCUGCCCACCAUCCAGCCAAGCAGUCUCCCUGCCAAACUGGGCGAUCGCCACCAUCAACUUCCUGGGCUUCCCCGUGACUGUCGUCUGCAUCCUCUUCCUCAAGUGGCUCUUCUGUCUGGGCAGAAAAAAGGCGGGAAAAACCGCGUCGCCAUGGUGCAGUUGCUGUGGCAACGAGCCCGACGCAGACGACGCCUCGCCCGUUGCCAUAGAGACGGGGAACGCGGUACUCGCCGCCUCGCCGGAAGUGGUGGGCUACCGGCCCGGAAAUGGCGUCACGAACUUGGCGGCGCAACCUGACCCUCCCCCGGAUUACAACACAGUGGUUUCGCCCACAGAACCCGCGCAAACGUCAUAGCAAUAAACUAUAGAUAGAUAAAUAGUGUGUAAUCAUUCUCCAAGCAGAUGUAGGGUGGAAGUUGGCUGGGGGUCUAUGACAACCACCACCAGACCACGGAGGUUAUUUGUCUUUUAAACUCCUUGACCACCCCCAUAAAACUUCCACCCAACAUCUGCUUGGAGAUACUCUGUCUGUACGAUAUAAAAAAAAAACACUUAUAUAUACAUCAGUAUUUGCCUAACUAUAUAGAUAUAGAUUUGUAUACCAGGCAUAAGUAACAUAGCUAAUAACGUUGCAGACGUGAAUCCAAAAAACGCAUGUUCAUUUAUUUUUGUUCAGUAAGUCCGUGAAGCUAGUACAAAAUGCAGUAACUACUAACUGUCACCCGAUAAUGGCAGGUACGCUGACGAUGCGUUCUUCGUUUUACACCCACAAGUUAAUUCUAGAAUGAUAGAUCGUAACUUUGUCCUAACAAAAAUA